GUGAAGAUCAAGUCGCAGCGCCGAGAAAUUUGUGGUCUGAGAUGUGUGGUGAUCGUCGUGGUAAACGCUGUGGCGGAGGUCAUCAUGGCCAUGGUCAUGGCGGACACGGACAUGGACACGGGCAUGGACAUGGUGGGUGUCCGCCGCCUCCGCCUCCUCACCAUUGCCAUCAUGGCCCAUGUCAUCCCCAGCCACCUCCUGCUGGUGGCGUAAAUUGGUGGCAUCCUGCACCACCGCCACCAUACUAUCCGCCACCAGCUGGCGGCAGCUCAGGCGGAGGAGGGUAUGGCUAUCAUUGGAGCGUGUGUCCACCUAAUUGCAGCCACCACCACCACCAGAGCGGCAAUCCGCCUCAAGGUGGAACAAACACUACAAAUCCUUGUCCUGAUCCUGGACAAACUGGUAACCAAAAGCCCGGAGGAUACCCAAUUAUUGAUCUUAACGCUCCAAAAUAACUCUUUCUAAAGAGAGUAAUAACUCUGUCUAACUUAUUCAUCGUUCUGUGUUCCUUAAGUUUUCCUUAAAUGUAUAGUAAUUCAAACUGAAUAAAUAAAAAAGCAAA